CUCGCCGUCAUUGCGCUCUCUCUCCAUCACCUUUUCCCGUCCACCGCCAUUUCACUCUGGUACCGGCUACUACUCCCGAGCAGUGCUCUCUGUAUCCGCUCGGCCUGAGCCGCCCUUCGCGAGCUGAAAUCAUCCUCCAGAUUGAUAAUCAUUCCUAGUGUGGGCUUGUCCUGCAAGACGACCUGAUCGCAUACCAUCAUCGCCUUCGUUGGGCUCUCGAGCCAUGUCUGAAUCAACCAGCACAAAUACCCCCAAGCCGAGUAGCAGCGUCAAGCUGGUACUUUUGGGUGAAGCCGCUGUGGGAAAGUCCUCCCUGGUGCUGAGAUUUGUCAACAACGAUUUCCAAGAAAACAAAGAACCAACUAUUGGAGCUGCAUUUCUUACCCAAAAAUGUUCCCUGCCUACGCGAACGAUCAAGUUCGAAAUUUGGGAUACCGCCGGUCAGGAGCGUUUCGCUUCGCUCGCUCCCAUGUACUACCGUAACGCCCAGGCGGCGCUCGUGGUCUAUGAUGUUACCAAACCGUCCUCUCUCACAAAGGCUAAGCACUGGGUUGCGGAACUCCAGCGACAAGCUAGUCCCGGCAUUGUGAUCGCUCUUGUUGGCAACAAGCUGGAUUUGACAAACGACGGGAACGAGGCGACCGGGGAGUCGCCCGCUGAUGCCGAGGGCGAAUCGUCUACGGCCGAUGCAGAUGAAACCGCCGAAGAACCUCAGGAAGCACAGGAUGUCACUUCCGGCGAUGCUCGGAAGGUGCCUACACGGGAAGCUAGCGCCUACGCAGAGGAAGAGGGUCUCCUGUUCUUCGAGACUAGUGCCAAGACGGGCACGAAUGUCGUGGAUGUCUUUACUGCGAUUGCCAACGCGAUCCCAGAGAGCAGCCUGAAGAGCGGACGAGCAGGUGGCGCUGGCACGGGCCAGACUAGCCUGAACAGCGGUCGUCCGGCCGAAGACUCGCGGGUCAACCUGGGGGAGCGAGGCCCGGCAACUGCAAAGGAAGGGUGUGCCUGCUAAUCUCGGAUUUUUUUUUUGCAGCGUGUCAUGGGCUUUUGGUCGUGCUUCUUUCGUUUUUGCAAUCCCCUUUUUACUGUUCAGAUACAAUGUCAGGUUGAUUACACGGUAAUGUCCUGCGGCAGUGAUUCCCCGACCGUCAGGACCAGACUGACAUGCAGCUUGAGCCAUCUCAUUUCCCGGCGUCUUGAGUGUUCUGUUCUGCUAUGAUAUUGCAUUACCUGUUUAUCUUUUUCUGUUUGUUUUCGAUGACUAUGCAGAGUUAGUAUGGCGAUUAAGGGAAUGGCAAAGAUUUGUACAGAGAACCAGUCAGGUUCAUUGCCAGUCAGCCAUAAUCAUAGAAUAAGAAUUCUGCGAUACAGAUGCA